AAAUACGUCACAAAGAAAGCUUUAACAACUACACACUAUAUUUAAGUUAUCUUCUAUUGUGAUUCUCAUGUUUCUCCUCUCUCUUUUUUAAUUUUAUUGAAAAUACCAAAUAUUUGAUUAGAAGAUAAGGAGGUAAUAAAUAGUAAAUGGCUGAUCAAAAUCCAAGAAUCAUCGUCGAGAAAAAUCCAUCUCAAGAUCGUCUUGAUGAACUGAAGAUCAAGUCAUGGCCCAAGUGGGGAUGUUCACCAGGGAAGUACCAUUUGAAAUACGAAGCAGAAGAGAUAUGUUACAUUGUGAAGGGUAAAGUUAAGGUUUACCCUAAAUCAUCAUCAUCAUCAACAGCAGCAUCAUCGUCAUCAUUGGAUACAGGAGUAGAGUGGUGUGUAGAGUUUGGAGCAGGUGAUAUUGUCACUUUUCCCAAGGAACUUUCUUGUACUUGGGAUGUAUCUCUUUCCGUUGACAAACAUUACAUAUUCCGCCCCAAUUAGUUCUUCACUUCUUUGUUUUGAUUUGUUACCAUUGUUAUAUUUUAUGUUCAUUUUGUUUGGGGUUUUAUAUAGACUUGUGCGCAUUAAGAA